AGACACGAGACCAAUUAUAAAAUUUAAGAGCAUCUGCAUUGGCGGAUCAUAUGGGGUUCAUGGGCUCGGGAUCUUAUGGCCUUUUGCGUUUUUAAAAUUUUAAAAAGGCCGAUAUUUGGUGAACCGGUUCGUCCGAAUGAUACCGUAUGAGACGGGUUCACGCGACGUGGCAAGAGGGCAUUGGUGGCGUUUUUUUUUGUAGAGUGAAGCGAAACAAGGGUUUCUCGAAAUGUUUCUCAUUUGGUCUUCUCUCUCAUUUCACUCCGCCUCCUUGGUGAUUUAUCGUACGACGGUUCUACCCGGAGCUUUUCUCCACGACGACGACGCCGGAGCUUUCCUCUACAAGCUCAGAUGGACCCAGCCGAAGAGAGAAGAGAGAUGAAGAGGCAAAAGGAGCACUACAUGAUGCUUCAAUGCGCGGCUGAUGCGCAAUACGGGAUUCCGACGAGGUGUCUGUGUGGUUCGCGCAUCAUUAACGAGGUUCGUGGAAAGGAGGAGUACGACAGCCUUCCUGGGAAGCGUUUUUUCACGUGCAAGAACUACGAGGAUGAUGGGUUGCAUUUUCGUCAUCCUUGGGUGUUUGGUGUCCAGGAGGAGAUCGAGAGUCUGACAAAACGUGUGAAGGAGUCCGAGGAGGUGACUCUUUUGGUGGCAAAACUCAAUAAACAGAUUGAAACACUGGCGGAACAGGUUCACGACCUCAAUGUCAAAGUACGUGUCCUACAGAAGGUCUGCUUCGACUAAAAAUAGAAGGUCACGGGCAUCAAGUCACAAGUUCGCAGGUCACGGGUAGUGUUUAUGUUUUGUCUGUUUUAUGUCUAGUUGCUCAGAUUGUGUAGCAUUUUCCUUUUGACUACACUUUCUUUUCACUUGUUUCACGGAUGUAAUGAAGACACCCACGGGUGUAUGUACUAAAAACUUGGUUCACGGAUUUGUAAACACCCACGGGUGUAUUUGUAUGGAUGCUCUAUAUAUAUUAUGUCUUUCAUUAUCUGAAAACCAUCACAGAAGAAGGAAAAAACAUAAAACCUCGUUCCCUGUCUUUCUUUAUCUUUCAUUAUCUUUGCAAACCAAAACUAUCAUAAAAACUCAUUCCCCAUCUUUCUUUAUCUUUCAUUUUCUUUCCAAAACACUUGACCAAAUUUACAAAAAACGUUAAACAAUGUCGACCUCGUCAAGUGAUGAAGUCGAUGAAAUUCUAAAUGAAGCCUUUGAAGAAAUUGUGGAUCAACAUCUUGAUAAUUUCAUCGAUUCAGUCAUUAAUGUUCAAGACAACACCCGGAGUAGACGAGCUUAUAUCGAAAGAGAUCGAGAACAAGGACAGAAACAGCUUUAGGACGACUAUUUUAGUGAUCAUCCUACAUAUUCAGCAGACAUGUUUAGGCGGCGUUUUCGAAUGAACAAGCCAUUGUUCCUCCGCAUUGUCGAUCGCCUAAGUAAUGAAGUUCCAUACUUUCAGCAAAGAAGAAAUGCUCACGGCAGGUACGGACUAACUGCACUUCAAAAAUGUACGGCGGCUAUACGUAUACUAGCAUAUGGUCAAUCGGGAGAUAUGUAUGACGAAUAUCUCCGACUUGGUGAGAGUACAUCACGUUUAUGUUUGGAAAAUUUUACUAACGGAAUAAUAAAUUUGUUUGGAAAUGAGUAUCUAAGAAGACCUACACCGGAGGAUCUUCAACGAUUACUCGAUCUUGGAGAGGCACGCGGGUUUCCAGGUAUGAUCGGCUCGAUCGACUGUAUGCAUUGGCAGUGGAAAAACUGCCCAACGGCUUGGAAAGGCCAGUACACACGUGGUUCAGGGAAGCCGACAAUUGUCUUAGAAGCUGUGGCAUCACAAGAUCUUUGGAUAUGGCACGCAUUUUUUGGAUUACCAGGUACUCUCAACGAUAUCAAUGUUCUUGAUCGGUCACCAGUUUUUGAUGACAUUUUACAAGGUCGAGCACCAAAAGUUAAGUUCAAGGUCAAUAACCACACAUAUCGUAUGGCUUACUACCUUACUGACGGAAUAUAUCCAAACUGGGCAACAUUUAUCCAAUCCAUCCGACUUCCUCAAGGUCCUAAAGCAGAGCUAUUUGCCGAACGUCAAGAAUCUACCCGAAAAGAUGUCGAACGGGCUUUUGGAGUUUUGCAAGCGAGGUUUGCAAUAGUUAAAAACCCGGUUCUAGUAUGGGACAAGGAAAAAAUAGGACAGAUUAUGAAAACUUGUGUCAUAUUGCACAAUAUGAUUGUAGAGGACGAACGAGGCGGAUACACUCUAACUGAUACAUCUCAGUUCGAGUCGGGAGAGACAAGCAGAAGUUCCAAGGUGAAAAGUAGAACAAGUUUUAAUGUCGGUAAUAUGCUAGGCAUUCGCAAUGAUCUUCGGGAUUCAGAGAAACAUGAUCGUUUGAAAGCUGAUUUAGUUGAAAACGUUUGGCAAAAAUUUGGUAACGAAGAUGAAUAAAAUUUGUAUGUUCAAGAAUUCUCAAAGUAUUCAAUAAUAUGUAUUUGGAAUAUAUUUGUUUAUGUAAUCUAUUUUAAACAAAAAAUUUUAAAAAAUUAUUAUAUUUUAUUCAUUUAUUGUCAUAUAUUAAAAACUUUAAAAAAUAUUAUUUUAUUCCUAUGAACCCCUUUUUUAGGUUCUUCAAUGCAGCAGCACAAUAUGUUGAGGUUCAUCACUAUUUAUAGGACCAUCAAAAAAUUAAUAAAAAAUUCUUAUGAACCCCAAGAAGGGGUUCACUAAGGGGACAAUAUGUCUGAUUUUUUUUUUCGUCUAUUUUGCCAUAUCGCUUGAUUGAUGAAAAAUGUUAAGACUAUUUGAUGUGUGUCACGAUGAUAACGUAAAUUCUAAGAAAAAUGUCAAGUCGAUUAACUUAUUAAAAGCAAAGUUGCUAGACCUAUGGAAUGUAAGUGAGACCGCACGAGUUGUGCCAUAAAGAGGAAAGACACGAGACCAAUUAUAAAAUUUAAGGGUAAGAUUCAUAGAAUGUAGUCCAAAAGCUUGAAAUAAUAGUAUUAAAAUGAGGACUUACUACUUUUUGAAUCCUUGCAAUGCUUGAAAUCAUGUAAGGUAGUACUAAAGUUCCAAAUCAUUUCUAUUUGUGUAAAUGCAAGUACUCGGAGGUGUUACAAAAAAAGUACUCGGUAACUUUACAGAUCGAUAUAUCAUUGUCAUUGAUGACAAUAAAUACAGUUUAUUUAUUUCUUAUAUUAAACUUAGGUAGGUGUCUAUAUUUUCAAUUUGAUUUUUACAGUAUAUUAUUAAGAAUCUGUAGCAAAUUUGAACGUAAAUAAUUAUUCACUGCAGAAGACUCGUUGUCAAAAAGACUCGUUGUGGAAGGAUAAAUGGUAUUCAGAAUUCAAAAUAAUUUUUUUUAUGGUUAUACUUAAAACAAAAUGUUGAUUUAUUUUUGCUCAGCAGGUAUUUCUACUUAAUUAUACCCAGUCACUAAAUAUUUGAAUAUUUUAAAAACGUGGGAGUAUGUUUUGGAUCUAAUCGGUUAUUAUAAAUGAUUCAUCCACCUUUUACACUAUUAUAGCACAUCUAAUUUUCUUAUUUUUUAUUUUUACAUUUCAAAGUUGAGGCUGAUUUUUUUUUUGUUGAACCUUCUGUCCAGUAUGUAUUACGUACAGUAAAUAAGAUACUCAACAGUUAAUUUUGUAUUUUAUAAGAAAAAGAGCUCUUUCGUUAGAGUUUAAUUUUUGUAGGUCAUCAUUAAUUCCUUCAAGCUUGUAAUAAGAAAAAACAUUCUAAGCGCAUAUAAUUAAAUAUUACUUUAUUCUUUAUUUUAGUUAAAUAUGAUAAAGCAGUUGCAAAGCUGAAAAGUUGAUCGACAAUUUCACAUUUUGUCUUUGUCAUCAUUAUCUCAAGCAUGCGUUGGUCUUUCAUUUUCGGUACCAUUAUUUUCCAGUUAUUUGGAUUUGUUACUUACAUUUUAUGACUAUCAUUAUCAUUAGUUAUCAUGUUAGAAAUGUAAAUUAAUUGUAGAAUUUAUUAAAUAAAAUAUAAUUAGAUUUGAUUUAAUUAUAUUAGAUAUUCAGCAUUAAGUUAAGAACAUAGAAGUUUUAUUCACAGAAAUCAAUUUAAAUAUUAUUUAUAUUCUAUGAUAGGAUGACCUAAAAUAUUCAUACACACGCAAUUCAGCACGAGAGAUAGAGUUUUGACUGCUUAUGGUUCUUGCUGAAUUCAUCACACUUUUAAGGUUUUUUAGUUUCUUUUUCUUGCAAUCGUCUUUGAUCAAUCAAUAAAGUUUUUCAAAUUAUUCACCAUUGAAUUCGAGCACGGUACGUGUCGAGUUCAGAUUAAAUAAUUGACGCAUUCUAUAGAGAUUGAACUCACAUCCACGUAUCAGAUGCAUGCGUAAUUUAGCCUUUUGAAAAGAAAACAAUUGGCAUAAUCUGUGGAGAUUUAUAAAUCAACGCCAAGAAAAUCAAAGUUGACAUGAGGCGAUACCAGUGGCACACAGACCACCCCGCCAAUAACAGAUCUCGCCACUGUGAUGACCAUGAUGAAAGACAUGAUGGAGCUCCUUGCACAACAAGAUGCCGCAAACAAAAUAAUGUACGAUUGAUCGCCUUGAUGUCAUAGGCACCAAUGUCAUGCUACUUGCUGCGGAAAACAAUGAGCCCGAAACAACGAGAAGGUGACUCUUUCAAACAAAUAACCCUAUGGAUUAGGGAGCCGAUAAAACAAAAAUUGGAAAAUGGUCGUCCUCCAGAGCAUGAUUAAGGACAUCAUCUCAAAGAUCCAUAAAGUAACAAGUUCGACUCUUGAAAAGGAGCGUAUCUUCGCCGUAACGCAAAAAAAAAUCCUUUCAGAAAGACGAUCACUGGCAUCAAAGUUCGUCAUACAGACAAGUUGAGAAUUAGAUCCUUCUUAGGAGAUUCUAAUCUUAGCGGUCACAUGACCACAUUCAACAUAGCCAUGGGAUGAACACACUUUAACGAUGAGGAGAAGGGUGCCAUAUUUUGUUAGCUGUAUGUGGAAAGUCUCAACUGAGUCGCUAUGAUAUGGUUUUUCAAACUCUCUGAGAAUUAUGUAGACUGCUUUCGUGAUCUAUCCACAAAGUUCCUCAAGCACUACUCCAUGUUCGCCCGGCAAGGAAUUUCAGCGACCGAUCAAUGGAAGAUGUCGCAAGUGCAAAGGAAAAACUCCAAGAAUUUAUUAAAAAACUUAAAAGAUUGGUUUCCAAGAUACACGUUCCAAACGCUACAGUCGUGAAAGCUUUGCGAAAAACACUCUGGAUACACUCUCCCUUUAAAGCAAAGUUGUACGUCAAUAAAACUAUAACAUUGGAUGAUUUACUUCAUCGUGCCAACUGCUUCAUCACCAUGGGGAAAGACAAGCACAUUUAUAUAGUAAGGCAUAAUGCCAUGAAGAUGCUGGCCUCGAAGGUGGCAUAUACUUAUCAAGAACCUCAAAAACAUUCUUCUGACGAAAAGCAUGACAAGAAAAAUACGAUUGUGUACUCCAUCGUCGAGAAUGAUCUCAUUGACUCAGCUGCAACCGCACCAGACAGACCAUUAAAUGUUUGAGAUAUACUGGUAGACCGAUUGGCUCCUCAGACCUAUGACAAAACUAAGUUCUACAAUUUUCAUACGGCAAAAAUACAU